GAGAAAGGACGUAAACAGCUCCGUGCACAGCUCCAUCCCCCGCACACAGCUCUACCCCUCCCCCUCCCCUGCUCUGUCUAGACAGGACCUAAUCCACCACGGGGCGGUUGCUUGUUUGCACGGGGAAAACACAGAGCGGGGGGGAGGGGAGGACGGAAAUCUCACCUCACACCGGCGGUGACUACAGCUCUGAUGUCCACUCAUGGCGGCUCAGGUGAGGAGGCCGAGAAUACAGGCGGCGGCAGGAAGGCACUAGACAUAGAUCACUGCGAGUGUACAGGAGGAGGGAGGCUCACACUAUUCACAGCACAGCUGAAUGAGGAGCUGAUCAUGGCUGGAGUGUGCCUGGAGAACGGAUGGCUGGGAUUGGAAUAAGAAAUGAGGAGACCAACGAAGACUUUCCCUAAAACCCCAGCAAAUACCUUCUAGCAGCUGCUUCUCCCUGCGCCUGAGGACAGCACCAUGUCUGAACAGGUGGCAGCUGUGGCUGGAGGUGUAGUAGGGGCGGUGCUUUUGUUGCUUCUAAUUGGCAUUGGCAUCUACAUCUUAUGGAAGAAAAAGUGCAUUGGACCAUCCUAUGAAGAACUGUUGAAUGUGAGCUCACCAACACACACACAAACCAUUGGAGCUGACCACAGUAUUUCACCUUCAUUAAGUCAUGCCAAGGACACUGGGAAUAAAAGUGUGCCCUUCAUUGUACCCCCAAAGUUUCAUGGACGAGACUGGAUUGGGUUGCAGAACGGGGAACGGAUUCAGGACGACAGUGAACCCUAUAUUGCUCCAGAUUUCCUUCCACGGUCAUCAUUUUGUUCUUUGGGUGGAGCAUAUUUUUUGGGUUCUAUCAACCCGGCUUUAUAUAAAUAUCCAGACGACAACGAAGAAACAGAUUUUCCAGAGGGAAAUAUUGGCCGUAUCUGGUUUGCUGUGGAAUAUGAAUACGAGACAGAAAGGCUUGUAGUGUCACUUAUCAAAGUGAGGAACCUCCAGUUAAGCUCAGACUCCUGCAACCCUUUUGUGAAAAUGCACCUCCUGCCUGAUGAGAGGCGCUAUCUGCAGUCGAAGACAAAGCGGAAAACCUUGAACCCACAGUUUGAUGAGAACUUUGUUUUCCAGGUUUCAGGAAAAACUUUACACCAAAGGACUCUAAGAUUCUCUGUCUACCAUGUGGAUAAAUUAAAGAAGCACCAUCUAUUGGGACAAGUUCUCUUUCCACUGAAAAAUGAGAAUUUGACUGAUGAUGGGAAGCUUGUUAUUUGGCGAGACUUGGAACAAGAAAAUUUAGAGCCUCCAUCAGAGUACGGAGACAUCCAGUUCUCACUUAGCUACAAUGAUUACCUUGGGCGUUUGACCGUGGUGGUGCUCAGAGCAAAGGGUAUUCAGUUCCAAGAGGAACGUGUUGUUGUCAGCUCAGCAUAUGUUAAGGUGUCCCUCAUGAAUCACAACAGGUUUAUCAAAAGUAAGAAGACUGCUGCUGUUCUUGGCACCCCAAAUCCGGUCUUUAAUGAAACCUUCAGCUUCAAGGUGGAACAGAGCGAAUUAGACACAGCAAGUCUUAGUCUCUCUAUCCUACAGAAUACUGAAGGAGACAAAAGUAACUUACUAGGCCGUGUGGUGGUUGGACCAUUCAUGUACACUAGAGGGCGCGAGCUAGAGCACUGGAAUGAAAUGCUCAACAAACCCAAAGAGUUGGUAAAGAGAUGGCAUGCCCUGAGCAUUAGCACCUGAUGUGAAUGAACCAAGCAACAUGGAUCUGCAACAGAUGAAAAGAAAAAGGUGGAUGGAAACAAUACAAGAACAGCUGAAGAGAGGAGAAAUAUGCUUCUUUUCAUGAAGAGGUUAAUAUUUCAUCCUAUCUAGCUUUUAGUUCUGGUUCAUUCUGCCAGACUCAGUUAAAGUUCAGAGAGUGGAGUUACGGAAGAAAAUGUUUUUAAUUUAACUAGAGUGAUGGUAGCUUCACUGUCAUGUCUAUGAUGUUAAUUUUAUCAUGUGAAGAGCGUGCGCACAGUGUAUAAUCCAAUAAUGAUGGUAUUGACUUACUACACACAGGCAAAAUUGUGGAAAACUGUCUAUUGUAUGUUAACAUAAAUUAAAUUGUCAUACUACAUCAUCUCAAAAAUAAUUACACUGUAUGGUAUUUUUUGUUUAUUAUUUUUGAACAAAAUGUUUAACAAAUAGGAUUUUCAUCUAGGAAUUUUCUGAAGACUAAAUCUCUUUAUAACUGGUCAAUAAAAUGUGGGCACAAAAAAUCUUAUGUAUGCAAGGCCGUGUUCAGACCAGUUUGUAUUGAAGUCUUUAGAUUAGACAUGUCAAUGAGUGAGGAUAUGACACGGACAUUUCAUUGGGACAAACAAUGGAUUUUUUUCUUUAAAUUUUUUCUAUGAAAGAAAAUCUAAAUCUUGCUGUUUUCCCAUUCACUGCUCAGCCUCCCUGAGACUCCAUCACGAGCAGAAUUAUAAGGUAAAACAAUAAAUCUGGAGGACAAACAUGUACUGUAUAAUACAGGACCCACUAAUGACAAUAAAUAAUGGAUAAAGUUCAGCUCCUCUCCCUUCCUGCACAGUGGUAUCUGUACAUGCUUGCACACCACAU